CAAUUAGAGGCAUCCUAUUUAAAUGAAUAUUCUUUAAAAUUGGAGAACAGUUACAUUUUUUGUGGUGAUGGCAUUUAAUAUAAUAAAUAUGUUUGCUUAUGAAAAUAAUUUUAAUGCCAGUUUCAGUUUAAUAAAUAGAACAGAUCCAAAGUUACAUGCUUGGACAGUUAGCAUGUUUUCUUAGCCUCUGUGAUUUAGUGGAAAACUGAUGGGAGACUUGAGUUGUAAAGUUAAAUUUCCCACUAAUCUAAAUUAUAAUUUUAGAAGAUAAUUUCAUUUUUGCAGAGACCUUAUUUUAUUACUUAUAAAAUAAAAAAUGUUCAACUAAAUGAUGUUCAAUAGCAAUGUUUGUUCUAACAUUUUGAGGGGUUUUCACAAUUCAGAAUGUUUUAUUGAAACAAUCAGUCAUCUUGUGUCACUUUCAGACCUUCUCUCCUUAAACUCGCAAUACACACAUCACAGGUCAUAGAUUUAUAUAAGCAAAGUAUGUAAAUUAUACAUCUAUAACUAAAACAAAUUUGCAUAAGUUAAUAUUCUUAUUAAAUCUGGAAGACACUAUCCUGCUCAUUUCUCAUUUGCUUUAAAGAAUGUUACUCUUGACAUCAGUUUCUCUUCCACUGAUCCUGCCCAUUACCUCCUCACAACGUAUUUUUCUACUUUCUCUAAUGUCUUUAUCUAAAAAAAAAUUACACUUGACCCAUUCAGUUAAUAUCACAAGUUACUAACAGUUUGAGAUCCUCCAUUUAACAAAAUAACUUUAUCUUCAUGCAGAUCCAUAAUCCUUUUAUAAUGAUUAAUUUGUGGAUACUUGCAGGUUUUAUAAGCCUCUGUGCAUAAAGGUUGAACAAUCACAAAAUCUUCUUCUGUAGUUAAAGUAUUUAACAAAGUUAUUACUACAACUUUGUGAUAUACAUAUUAUUAAGUAGAUAAAUAAAUGGGAGAAAUAGAUCAUAGCAAGCCUUAACAUAUUUUUUACUAUUCCAUAGCUCAGGUUCUUAAUAUUGAACAAGAAAGCAACAAUUUAGAAGCUAAAAAUAUGGAUGCUAUCUAAAAGAGGGCAGUGUCAAUUAGAAGAAUCAGUGUUCAGGAAUGAAUGUCCUCCUUUCCCCACAAAUAAAGGAAGAAAGAAAGAAAAGGAAACUGGAGAUACCCUAGUGUAAACAUCUUGAGAAUGUCCAUUUAAACAGUGACCCCCAAAUAAAUAAAUAAAUAAUGUAUUUACUCAUUUGCUGAGGUGGUAUUCAUUGAAUACCUACUACUGAGUUCUUUCUCCUUAAUAUUAAUUAAUGGGCACGGUUCUUGUCACUGAAGAAUGCACUGAACAAGGAAGAUGAAAAUCUUCUCUAAAGAUUUUUCAUAUUGUUAUGAUGAGCCAGGUAAAACAAGACAGAGAAUUACAAGAAUACACCAAAUUUCAUCUUCAGUUAAGGGGGGGACUGAAUGCCUACCAACGAUUCAAUUCAAAUAUGCAGGAUUUCACCUAAAUAAAAAGAGUAUUUGUUAGUCAAAUAAUAAAAGACUCUAAGUUUCAAAACUAUUGAAAUAUUAUAUUGGUUGGGUCAGUGCUUCUGGAAUCUCCAAUACCACCCAGAACUGGUGAUUCCUAGGACACAUUGAACUCCAUAUAAAGUUGUGCUCACUUAUAAGAUUUAUUACAGUGUAAGUAUAUGCAACAGGAUCAGCAAGAGGAGGCAGUGGGAGAAUGGUAAAGAGCGCUAGAAAGGAGAAGGAAGCCUAGGGGACAGAGGAGGCAAGAGGAAGACAAUGAGCCCCUUAGGAAGCCAACCCCUCCGCCUUGUGGACCUGGUGUGGGAAGAAGUUGUGGGAGCCUGGGCAUGGGGUGUGGUCUCUAUGAGGGAAGAUGUAGAAUGGGCAAAAACAACCACUCGGGAAUUUUUAUAGAACGGAACAGGGCUCCUUGGAGGCCAGGAGAAACUAGCCAGCUACCGACCAAAAUAGCUUAAACGUUUUCGUUAGGAUUGGCUGAGGGGUGAUGGUUUCAGAGAGGGAAGAAGUUUCCACUGUGGUCCUCUCAGAUCAGGCCUCUAGGGUCGAUUUCUCCAACUCUGCGGGAGCUCUCGGGCCCAGCGUGAGCCACGCCCCCCCCUCAGGAGGCCACCGCCCUUCUGGAACCGCUGCCGUUAGGAUUCUGGAACGCUGCGGGUAGAGGCUGCGGUCGUGAGGCCCUGGCCUUUCCUGGUCGAGUCCGGACAGAGGGGCAACCACAUGCAAGGGAAGGAGAGCGGAGGGGCCCGUGCCGACCAUGGAGCUGUACCUCAGCGCUGCUCCAAGCCUGACCAUGUCGCGGUCACCAAGACGGUCGCCAGCGUCCUGGCCGCAGACAGAGAGCAGUGCGGAGACGGCGUGCACAACACCCACUUUGUUGGAGCUGCUCAGCUAUUGGAUCUACCUCUCGGGGUCAAGCUGCCUGUGAUCCCCGGAAGCAAUGCUGUGUACUAUACUACAAAUAUCGGUGAAAAGCUUGUUCGACCUUCUUAUGGUUUUAACCUGACUGAUCCUUAUUGUCGACUUUUGGAAAACCAAUAUAACAGCCUCCAUGAUCCACAUUUAAAAGCAUACUAUAAGCGCAAAGAUAUUCUGAAGAGAUUAAAGAAAGGUGGCUAUGUCACCAGCAAUAAUAAAGUUGUAUGUACUUUGAGAGAAUUUAAUAAGUACAGGCAAUACCUUACCAGUUUAAAAUUAGACUUUGAAAGAAACUAUAUAAGAGAACAAAAAAUACUUGUGAAACAACUAUAUAACGUACCAGAAAACAAUCAAAUCCCUCAAUAUUCUGAUGUUGCCCAAGUCCAGAACUGGUUGUUAAAGGAGGGCACUGAAUCUGUCAAGGACCAGGAGCGGUUAACGAGGCAUAGAUAUUUGGAUAUGAUAAGUAGAAAACUAGAACAACUUGAACGCACAGCAGAAGAACAAUGCCUAUACCUGAUGGAUAGAGAAAAAAGACGACAGCGGGAACACACAAGAAGAAAACUUGCUCUUCGUAGAAAAAUCGAAGAGGAAUGGAAGGCAAAAGAAAUGUUACUUCUGACAAAGAUGGCAGAAGAUGUUAAAAGAGAAGAGAGGAUAAAAGAAAAACGGCAUAGAAACAGAAAAAAGAGUGUCAGAAAGGUAGGGUGAGCUUUAACCUCUAACUCGAUCUGUUUGAAGAGAAGAUUUUGUUUUUGUUUUUUGAAGUACUACAAAUCACUUUGUGAGAUGACUGAUGAUCAGUUACUCCAAAUAAUAUGCAUGAUAUAAAACUGAAAGUUCGGGACAAUUUUGCUACAUUUUGACUAUACUAUAAAAUGUACUGUUAUGUGAUAUAACUAUUUUAUGCUUUAUUUUUACACCAUAAACUGAACUUGUAAUUACUAUGAAAAAAUUAAAUGACUGAAUUAGUUUUUUUAGAACCAGCGAUUCUUGGCAGGAUUUCUCAUUUUU